AUGGACUCGGUAGAGGAGCCGCCGUCACCAACAAUGUCUCAGGAGAAGCGCCAAUCGUCAACUCCGCGUUGGAAACGUCUUUGGACCGUGAGACCGGCCGCGGCCACGGGGUCCGAGGGUGAAUCGUAUCGACCGAAAUCGACUCUGGGGAUUCUCAGUGACAGGGAGACGGACGAAGUACCCGGCACCGUCUUGCUAUUGUCAGCGGACCGGAAUGAGCCGCUGGGAAUGAGACAUCAACCACAGAGGACGUCAACAUCGUCACUCCAUUCUUCAGCGCCACCUUCUCGCUCAUCGUCACGAUCUGCCGUGCCUCAGAAGAAACGGACGGCGGAUGGGCAGAUCGUGCUGGAACCACAGCCUGAUGACUCGGCCAACGAUCCGCUCAAUUGGCCCAUGUGGCAACGAGAUGCGGCUCUGCUGUCUCUAGGAUUCUAUUGUCUAAUGGGAGGUGGCAUGACUACCAUUUUAGCUGCAGGGUUCUCUGAUGUCGCCAGUACUUACGAGGUCACCAAGCAGAAGGUGGCAUAUACGACUGGCCUCUACAUGCUGGGGCUGGGCAUUGGCUCGGUGAUCAUGUCGCCAACGGCUAUCUUAUUUGGCAAACGUCCUGUGUAUUUGUUGGGCGCAACUUUGUUCAUUAUCUCUUGUAUCUGGUGUGCAGUGUCCCCCAACUACCCCAGCCUGGUGCUGGCGCGCAUUUUCCAAGGCAUUGCCGUCAGUCCAGUGGAGUGCCUUCCAUCCGCCACCAUUGCGGAGAUCUAUUUCCUACACGAGCGUGCUUACCGAGUUGGGGUCUAUACUCUGUUACUUCUCGGUGGAAAGAACCUCGUUCCCUUGGCCAGUGCGGCGGUCAUCGGCAGCCUAGGCUGGCGAUGGGUGUUCUGGAUUGUCGCAAUCAUCGUGGGCGCCUGCUUCUUCUUACUUUUCUUUUUCGUUCCAGAGACCUUCUGGGAUCGCACACCCCGGCCGCGAAGACAUCACCGACCGAGCCACAUGAGCCGCAGUGUGUCCGACUUUGUGAGUAAUGGAUUUCGGGGUCGGCAUCCGCACGCAGAGGUUCCACAAGAGCCCGUGGAAAGCAAAGACAACGUUGUGCCAGAAUUGCCAACAACCCCAAGAACCGAAAAACAUGCGCAUUUCAAUUUCGCGGACGAUUCACCGAAGGAAACAGCGACGGGUGCAGCAGAAGGUGAUGCUGCCGUAGCCGAGCAACCCGAGCAAGCCGUUCGCCGCAACGACGACGGCCAAAAUCGCAAUGAGCCUACGUCGAGUGGCGCAGGUGAGCCAAGUCACUUGACUGUACCACCAAUGGCAGUCGUGCCGCCGGCAAAUCCCCACGAUCUGGAGUCGGGCUUUCGCGCAGCAGUGUCGCCGACCAGGAGCGCCCGAAGCGAAUCGCACUCACCAGGGAUGCAACUCCCGGCGCCUUUGCAAUACACAAACCGACUUCGCGAACGGCCCAAGAUUCCGUUUUCUCAGCAGCUCCGGGUAUGGAAUGGCCGGAUUGCCCAUGACAAAUGGUGGAAAGUGGCUCUGCGCCCAUUCAUUCUCUUUGCUUACCCGGCUGUUCUCUGGUCGUCAGUUGUGUAUUCACUUUCUGUGGGCUGGUUGAUUGUUCUUUCAGAGUGCGUCGCAGCGAUCUACGAAUCCUCCGAGUACUAUGGAUUUACUGCGCUCCAGACUGGUCUGAUCUAUAUUUCUCCAUUUGUGGGUGGUCUUCUGGGUACCGCCGUUGCAGGUAAAGUGUCAGAUAUCGUGGUGCGAUACAUGACUCGCCGUAACGGCGGCAUCUACGAACCGGAAUUCCGACUGGUGAUGGCACUUCCUAUCGCUAUCUCCACGACCAUCGGUCUGAUGGGCUUUGGCUGGAGUGCGCAACUGAUGAAUUCGUGGAUCGUUCCUACCAUUUUCUUCGGUGUCAUCUCCUUCGGGUGCUGUCUUGGUAGUACUACUGCCAUUACUUUCUGUGUGGACAGUUACCGUUCAUACGCAGGAGAGGCUCUCGUGACCCUGAACUUCAGUAAGAACGUACUUCACGGUCUUAUUUUCUCGCUGUUCAUUGUAAGCUGGUUGGAGUCGGACGGCUCGCGAACUGUGUUCCUGGCUAUUGGCGGUAUCCAGCUGUUCUUCCUCUCGAUGACGAUUCCAAUGUACAUUUACGGCAAGCGGGCACGCAUGUGGACGGUGCGCAAGCGGCUCUUGGAACGCUUCUGA